AGACAACAGACGACAGGGCCUAUCAGACAAAAUCAGGAUAUGACAUCAUCCACAGGAAGGGAAGCCAACAACUUUUUUUGCUUUUGUUUUGCUCUUUUCUGACUUUUGGUGAGGUAAGUUCGGCUGAUGAGAAGGAAAGAGAAAGGACCUUCACAGGAUAGCUCGGAUUAGUUCUGUGCCCUCUUGGAAAAAAAGAGGAGACAGAGGACCCUCUUUUCAGGUUUCCCACAGAUCCCCCAACAUUCCAAGUGUCUGCAAGGACUAAAGCCAGAAACUUCCCCAUUUGAUGGGACUGAGGCCCAUGGAAUCAUAACUGUGAUCAAUCACAGCCAUACUGAUCCUUACUGGUUGCUAACUCCUCCAUCUGCCCCCUCAGUUCAGCAAUGGCUCUGUGCUUGGGGCAGGUUUUCAGCAAAGACAAGACAUUCCGACCUCGAAAGCGAUUUGAACCUGGAACACAACGCUUUGAGCUGUACAAAAGAGCCCAAGCCUCUCUGAAAUCAGGCCUGGACCUUAGGAAAGUUGUGCAGCUGCCAGAGGGGGAGAACAUUAAUGAUUGGAUAGCUGUGCACGUGGUAGAUUUCUUCAAUCGUAUUAAUCUCAUCUAUGGGACGGUAAGUGAGUUUUGCACUGAGAAGAGCUGUCCCAUCAUGUCUGGUGGGCCACGUUAUGAAUACAGGUGGCAGGAUGGCGAUCAAUUCAAGAAGCCCACCAAGCUGCCUGCUCUUACAUACAUGAACCUUCUGAUGAACUGGAUUGAGUCACUCAUCAACAAUGAGGACAUCUUUCCUACACGAGUAGGGGUCCCCUUUCCUAAGAACUUUCAGCAGGUGUGCAAGAAGAUUCUGAGCCGGUUGUUUCGGGUGUUUGUACAUGUGUACAUUCAUCACUUUGACAUUGUCUGUAGUAUGGGGGCUGAAGCUCACAUCAACACCUGCUACAAACACUACUAUUUCUUUAUUUCUGAGUUUUGCCUCAUCGACCACUCAGAGCUGGAGCCUCUGAAAGAAAUGACAGAGAGGAUCUGUCACUGAAAGGAUGUGGAGAAUGGAUGUGCCUCCAAAAGCACAAAUAAACUUGCCAGUGAACCAGUCACUUUAAAUAUUCUCAUGCCAAAUGAAUGUGUAUUUGAGGUCUGAUCUGAGAACAGACUGUGACACAAAUGAGCUAAAAGUUGCUAUAAAACUUUUGUACGUUUAGUAAUUAUUUUGUAUUCAGUAAUUCUAAAUGGGCAGUACCGGUAAACUGGUAACUUAUUAACCAUAGAUAUCUCAUAUAGCUCCAAAUGCUAUAUUUAUGCAAGAAUGACCACAUAUAGAUACUUUUAAAAUAUUUUUCCCUCAGGGGAACUGGUCUUGAAAUGGCAUGUCUAAAAUGUCUGUUGAGACUCUGUAACGGCUGAGAUUCCAGAGCAAGUUUGAGAUGUGGCAUUCUUGCUUUUUCAUGUCUGUGCCAAAGCCAGCAGCCUUUGCUAGUAUUUCUAUUUAACCAGGGAAUGUGCAGUAACAAUGACCACAGCCAGUAACUGAUGUUGAUGAUGAUGGAUAGUACUACACAGUAUUAUUCUCACUUUAGAUAUUGAUUUGUUCUGACAAUGUGCCACGUUUCCUGUUGUAUUUUGCAUGCAAAUAAGUUUGAAAUACAUUUCUCCUGUCUGUUUUUAAGAAAUUUGAUCUUUGGAUGGAAACUUGGAAAAAUUAAACCACUUGUUUCUCAUAAA